AUGUGGACAUGUUCCCAAUUAUAUGAACAGCACAAACCGGCUCUCACAGCUACCAGAAAAUCUGACCGCAUCCAUGAUGACUCGGUCCUACUACAACAUUCAUCCAACCACAUAACGAUCCAACAGUUUCGUCUCAUCACCGCACCAGCGCAGUCACCCAACAACAAUUACUUGCAGAAUCUAGCAUUUCCCAAGUACCUGAGUAUCCGGUUUGUGACAACGGCCAUGUCCAUGUCAACCAUCAGAACAUGCAUCAAACUAAACCCCCUCUACAUCGCCAACCCCGCCAACACAGGUACCCAACGCUCUAUUCGAAACUUGGAACAAGUCAUCCGUCGCCAUCAUUGUUGA